AUGAUGCGUUUCGACGAGAAUAUCGACCAACCAGUCUCUGCAAACUUGGAUGAGCGGAUCGACUUGCUUAAAAAAAUUGUCGAAGCGGAGCAUGGGCUAUUUGAUGCUCUAUCUAGCAGCGAUGAGAUUAUAGAGGACCCUCAGCUAGCUAUUCGAAGUAUCCUAGUUGAUAUCCCUGAAAGUUACGGUUCAGUGGAGUUCAGCCUUGACCUUCGCUUUCGGGCCCAUAUGGCAGAUGAUGGAGAGGACGAUGAGGAGGACAAUGACGAUGAAGAGGACGAGGGCGAUGACGAUGAAGAGGAUGAUGAUGAUGAAGAGCUUUAA